AUGUCAAAGUCCCUAGUCACCCUGAUCCCCUGGGACCCCGAGUCCCCCGACCACAUCGCGCGGAUGCUCGACCAGAGGGUGGAGUGCGGCUGGGAUUUGGACCAGGUCGACAAGUGGCGGGGCCUGCAGCGGUCGGGCUUCAAGUGCAUGUACUGGAUUGCUUUCACAAGUGAGGACCCGGACCGUGACGCAAAAAUCGCAAAGCACGUCUCUGAAUAUCCAAAGGUUCCGUCCCGCCCAUUCCUUUAUCCGGUCUGUCCCGGAGAAGCAGCCGAUCCUCGACACGGCGCAGUCCAUCCGCGCCGUCUCAGGACGCCGAGGGAGACGCCCUUCCACCCCGUCGGCCACAUCUCGCUCGACGUCGACAACCCGCACGCCAAGCGCCUCAACCUGCCGAUCCCCAAGGAGAACGUGUACUGGAUCAAGAGCCUCUACGUCUCCUUUGCGCUGCAGAGCGCCGGCAUCGGGCGGGCCGCCAUGGACAUGGUCGAGAGCAUGGCCACGAGCGAGCCGCUCUGCGCGAGGACGCUGAUGCUCGACACCGUCUCCAAGGAGGAUCAGCUGAGAAAGGAGUCUGCCGUCGUGGCUGCGGGGAAGCUGCCUGUGACGCCUACGCACGCGUGGUACGAGAGGAGGGGAUACAGGCUCAUCUGGACGGAGAACAACUUUUACGGCUUCCCGGAGACGGACGGGGACGGCAACCCGGUCAUCAGGAGGACCGUGUUUCUGCGCAGAGAUCUCGUCUAA